AUGUCAUUAUUAGUAGAUACCACAUCAUUAGUUCAACCUUCCAUAUCGUCAUUAAAUCAUUUACAAGUAUCGACGAUACUUAAAGAUCUCAGUAACUCCAAUAGUUUAUUAAUUGAUGAUACUGCUACAGCACAAACAGAUUUAAUUGGUUCAUAUACAUCAGAACCAAGAACUUUAACUUUACAAUCAGCAAGUGAAUCAAUAAUAUCCAUAAGUGGAAGUGCAAGCUCAGAUAGUGAGAAUUCCGGUUCUUUAGAGGCUUUAGGUACAAAUUGUAGUGUUAAAUUAUAUUACUUAAUGUCUGGGUUUAUAGUGGUUUCUUUAUUUGUUGGUAGUUUAUAA